AUGGCGUGGGCCAUCUUUCCCGCACCCGCCAUUUACACCAUCGUGCUUUAUCAUUCAAGCACUGCAGCCAUGGCUCUGGAUGCAUCGGAGAAAAUUCUUGGAUGUAUGCGACUAUCAGUGGUGAUGUUCUUGUGUGUAUUGAGUUACCGUGCUGCAGGACUCGCGUGGGACGACCUUAUUGAUCGAGAUUUUGAUGCUCAAGUCACGCGAUCUAUGUCUCGACCUCUUCCGGCUGGUGACAUAUCUGUCGAUGGUGCUUUACUCUACAUUAUUUUCCAAAUCGGCUGCACCAUCACCUUAAUCCAAGCUCUUACCGGCCCCGAAGUCUUUGCCAGCUUUAUAGUUUCUGGAGCACUUUUUGGAAUUUACCCAUAUCUCAAGCGCUGGACAAAUUACACACAAAUCUUUGGCGCACUGUUGAUUGCCAUGGGGGUAACCCAGGGAUGGCUUGCAUGUGCAACUCUGUACAACCCAGUCCCUGGAUCCAUUCCCGGUUGGGCCCAUGCCCUCGCUAUCAUUCGGAGAGAUUGGGUACAGCUGCUUCCUAUUUUCUUGAUGGAGUUCACCUACGAACUCGCACAUGAACUCAUAUACGGCUGCCAGGAUACCGCUGAAGACAUCAUGAUUGGAUUGCACUCACUAUCGAUCCUGUGUGGCUAUGAGCACAGUCGAACUCUUGGUACUUCUCUCAUGGGCCUUUUCUGCGGCUUUCUUGCUUAUUGUGGCAGAAAUGCCAAUGUGAUCGGAUGGCAAGCUUGCGUAAUCCCUCCUGUGAUGCUAGUUUACCGGACGAGCAAGUUAGAUCUCUCCACACCGGCUUCGUGUGGAAAAUGGGCUGGCGGCGCAAUCAAAGUGAAAGUUGUGGUAACGCUCGCAUUGAUGCUCUGUUUUGUCCAAAAGGAGAUGAACUUGCUGGAGCUAAUCAGGAGCAGUUUAGUUCACCUUGCGAAGCACGCGGCACUCCCAUGA